GUUAGUGGGGAUGAUGUUAUAUCAUAUUCCUUUGAGCCAUUUGGAAUUUGGAAAAUGCCACAAUUAAGGAAUUUUUGCAUUAGUGGAAGUAUUUGUUCAUUAGAAACUCCGUCAGUUGUUUAUAGAAACUUAGAGAAUAUAUCUUGGUUGGAUUCUAAGUUAUGUACAAAGGAUCUGUUUACAAUGAUUCCGAAUUUAAAAACAUUGGGGGUUGAUGGUGGAUACUCUGUUUAUAGGAAAGAUUGGUUUUAUAAUUUUGUGCACUUGGAGCAGCUUGAGAAACUAAGCAUCAGAAGGUGGGAGGGUGUCAACCUUGUUAUGUGUAGCAUCCCAUGGGCAACUUGUUUACCAAAUCUUAAGAAGCUCAGCUUGUUGAAGUCUAAUCUGCGCUGGAGUGAGUUGAGCGCUAUUAGUAUGUUGCCUAAUCUGGAGGUUCUAAAAUUGAUAGAUGCUUGUAGAGGCCCAAAGUGGGAGACGACAUCUGAUGUAGGGUUCCAUCGAUUGAAGAGGUUGGUAAUUAAAAAAACAAAUUUGCAACGUUGGAAUGUUGUGGGUGACCAUUUUCCUAUGCUCGAAUGUUUAGAGAUUAGUGAGUGCUAUUGGUUGAAAGAAAUUCCUCGUGGUUUUGCCGAUAUCACCACACUAGCAUUGAUUCAAUUAAGCGAAUGUUGGGAUUCCCUUGUGGCUUCUGCAAAGUGGAUUCAAGAAGAGCAAAACAACAACUAUGGAAAUGAUGCCCUCCUUGUUCGUUCCGAAAAUAAUUUGAAUGUGCAUAGCGGUGAGCUGAAAUGGUCUCAGCGGGCAAUUCAUUCUCAGAAAUCUGAUGGAUGCUGCUGCCAUUGCAUGGGAAAAUAAUUUUUAUUUAUUCAUU